UUGCAAAACCGUCAAGAGGCUUUCUUACUGUGAGACUUCUGCUCGAAAAUGCCGGGUCUGACGAUUGGCGACACCAUUCCAAACCUGGAAGUCGACUCCACCCAUGGCAAAAUCAAGCUACACGACUUCAUAGGAGAUAGCUGGAUUAUCAUCUUUUCUCACCCAGGGGAUUUCACCCCUGUAUGCACGACGGAGCUCGGGAAGAUAGCGGCUUACGCCGAAGAGUUCGUGAAGCGAGGGGUGAAGCUCUUGGGCCUGUCAUGCGACGAUGUUCAAUCUCACAACGAGUGGAUUAAGGACAUUGAAGCAUACACUCCAGGGUGCAAGGUGAAGUAUCCGAUAAUAGCGGACCCGAAAACGGAGGUCAUCAAGCAGCUCAACAUGGUGGACCCGGAUGAGAAAGACUCCAGUGGAAACCUGGUCCCAUCUCGAGCUCUGCAUAUCGUCGGACCCGACAAGAAGGUUAAGCUAAGCUUCUUGUACCCAGCUUCAACAGGGAGGAACAUAGACGAGGUGUUGAGGGUGGUGGAGUCCCUCCAGAAAGCAGCUAAGCACAAGGUGGCUACUCCAGCUAACUGGAAGCCUGGAGAGCCUGUUGUCAUUUCACCCAGCGUCUCCAACGAACAGGCCAAGGAGAUGUUCCCUCAAGGCUACACAACUGUUGAUCUUCCCUCCAAAAAAGACUACCUCCGUUUCACCAACGUUUGAAAAAAGAAGAAGAAGAAAGCUCUCUUUCUGGGUUUUAUGUCUGUUUUGGAUUGUGAAGAACAAUGCUUACUGCUAGUAUGGUUUAUGUAGUAACGUAUGUUUAUGUAUGAAAAUACACUUGUAUCUAUUUAAAUGUUUAGGUGUUCUGUUACUUUGCGGUAUGCAGAGUAACCUAUUACUAUCACCUUAAUGUGGUGUAAAACUCA